UUGAGACCAAUUAUGGGGCGAAAAAGUAUUUCUCUUAUCUUAGUGAUAAGCAUAUUGAUAUUUAUUAGCGAGAGCAAUGAAAAUGAUACAUUUGAUGCGGUGAAUGAAAUUAAUUCAUUAAAAGUGCAAUUAAAACAAUUGACUUUCGAUGUGGGAACUCUGCAAGCGGAACACAAACAUGCUAAACAACAAAAGUCAGAUUACGUUUUUAGCGAUUGCAGUGAAGUCACAGCAAAUUUCUUGCCCAGUGGCGUCUACACAAUACGACUUACUACCGAUGAUACCAGAGUUAUCAAAGUCUACUGCGAUACAGAGACUUGGGGAGGCCAUUGGACACGCAUUUUGUACCGAUCGGAUGGAAGCGUGAACUUUUAUCGCGAUUAUGAGCGAUUUCGAUGACGAACAUUUUUUGGGGCUCCUAUCGAUUUAUGCACUGACCGCCGACCGAAGUCGAGAGUUGCUUGUGCUGCUGGAGGAUGCCGAUGGCAUUGAAGCGUACGAAUGGUAUGAGAAAUUCGCCAUUUCCGACUACAGCGAGUCUUUCGCCUUGAACACCUUGGGCAAGGCCAAUGGAACGGCAGGUGAUUCACUGUCCCACCACUUUGGCCAAAAGUUUUCAUCCUUUGACCAGUAUUACGGUCCCGAUUCGAGUAGAAACUGUGCCAAAAUCUAUCACAGCGCCUGGUGGUUCAGCUCGCCGUGUCACCAGAGCAACCUGGGAGGUAACUAUGGCAAUAACACCCUUGGCAUGGGCAUCAAUUGGAUGACAUUCCGUAGCCACGAACAUUCCCUGAAGCUUGCCGCGAUGAUGAUUCGACCUAGACCGGGAUAUAGGCAGUAAAAUACCAAGCAAGAAAUUUACAGUCGAGUAUGUGGGAUACCUGACAACCGUAAUAAACUCGUAUUCAAAUAAUAAUCCAAAAAUAUACUGCAAAAAUACUUAAAUAUACCGAGUUCUAUAUUCAAUUUAUUUUCUAUGAAACCAUUAUCUAAAAACAUUCCAAAAUUAUACUGCAAAAAUACAAAAAUAUACUGAAGGGUAUACUUGGUAUAUCGAUAUUAAUAUUUUUUCCA